GACGGAGAGAAUCUGGAUCACUAUCAGAUGGACUGUCAGUCUGAUGGAUUGUGGAGUAGCAGUCCUCACUGUCAGACGGUGGAUUGUGGGAGUCCGAAGUUGGUCGCGAUGGCCAACUUGGUGUUUGGAAGUAAAGACAACAGCACACAGUUUGGAUCGAGUGUUCAGUACGUCUGCAGGGAGGACAGCUUCCAGCUCAACAACAGUAACAGUCUCUACAUCUGUGGGCCGAGUGGAGAAUGGGUCAACUCGGAAUCAGGAACAAGACUGCCGAGCUGUUUACCAGCCUGUGGCCAGCCGUCCCGGUCCUUCCCCCCUCAGGUGAAGCGGAUCGUGGGAGGUCUCCGGUCCGAGCCCGGCCUGUUCCCGUGGCAGGUUCUGCUUAGUGUGGAGGAUCUGUCCCGUGUCCCUGAGGACCGCUGGUUCGGUUCUGGGGCCCUGCUGUCCCAGUCCUGGGUCCUUACAGCGGCCCACGUCCUGAGGUCUCAGAGGAGGGACACCAGCGUCGUCCCCGUGGCCCCGGAACACGUCAAGGUGUUUCUGGGUCUCCAUGACGCUGCAGACAAACGUCUGGCCACCAACCGUUCGGUGGAAAGAAUCUUCCUCCACCCGAACUUCCAACCGGACAACUACAACAACGACAUCGCUCUGCUGAGGCUGGAGGAGCAGGUGGAGUUCACUGAGUUCAUCCGGCCUCUGUGUCUGCCUCCACCUAGAAACCAGGACGACCCCCCCUCACCUCUCCCUAAUUCUUUGGGUGUAGUUGCUGGGUGGGGGAUCUCCAAUCUCAACACCUCCUCCUCCAGUGACCCUGAGAUGACGUCUGACCUCUUGCAGUACGUAAAGCUGCCGGUGGUCUCUCAGGACGAGUGUGAGGGGAGCUACGCCUCACGCUCCGUCAGCUACAACAUCACCCACAACAUGUUCUGUGCCGGUUUCUUGGAGGGCGGGAGGGACACCUGUCUGGGGGACAGCGGGGGGGCGUUUGUGAUGGAGGACGGGGUCAGCAGGAGGUGGGUGGUGUUUGGGUUGGUGUCCUGGGGGGGGCCGGAGGACUGUGGGAGUCAGAGGGUCUACGGAGUCUACACCAGAGUGGCUAAUUAUGUGGAGUGGAUCCAGAAGCACCUUCAGACUGCCCCCUGGUGGUGAGACAGGUGGUGAGAUGGGUGGAGAGACGAGUGGAGAGACGAGUGGUGAGACGGCUGGUGAAACGGGUGGAGAAGGGUGGUAACUAACGUUAGUUUGUUACUGGUUUGUUAUGGUUAGUUACUGGUUUAUUAUUGUUAGUUACUGGUUUAUUAUUGUUAGUUACUGGUUAGUUACUGGUUUGUUAUUGUUUGUUACUGCUUAGCCACUGGUUUGUUAUUAGUUCCAUAUCGUUUGUUAUUAGUUUGUUAUU